GAGGCCUGGGUCUCUAGCCCGACACCCACCAGGGACUGAGGCCCCGGCCGCACUAGCCCCGCGCCCCUGCCCCGCACCUGCGUCUGGCAACCACCCCUGGAAAUCAAACCCAAGACAACCCACGUUCCAAAGAUUUACACAAGAACAGGAGACAAAGGGUUUUCCAGCACAUACACUGGGGAGAGGCGAUCUAAAGAUGAUCAGGUCUUUGAAGCUUUGGGAACAACAGAUGAAUUGAGUUCUGCUAUUGGGGUUGCUAGUGAAUUAAGCCAGGAAAGUGGCCACACAUUUGUCGAACAACUUCACAAAGUCCAGUGUAUGCUGCAGGACGUUGGCUCCAACAUUGCAACUCCUCUCUCCUCAGCCAGGGAGGCUCACUUAAAACGGACAUCAUUUAGUGAAAAGCCAGUGCUGGAGCUGGAGCAGUGGAUUGAUAAAUAUUCAGACCAACUUCCACCUCUCACUGCUUUCAUUUUGCCUUCUGGAGGUAAAAGUAGUGCUGCUCUUCAUUUCUCCAGAGCCGUCUGCCGCAGAGCAGAGAGGUGUGUUGUUCCUUUAGUACAAGGAGGAGAGGCAGAUGCAAACGUGGCCAAAUACUUGAACAGGCUUAGUGAUUUUCUCUUCAUUUUGGCACGUUAUGCUGCAAUGAAGGAAGGGAAGGAAGAGAAAAUAUAUGCAAAAAGUGAACCAUAAAUUGGAGAUGGGACUAUACUUUCUAGAUCAUGAAAAGCUAAAUCCAGCCAAGUUUUCUUCUGCAGGCAAGGCGGAGAGGAGAGAAUGAGCAUGAAUUCAAAAUGUGAAAUGCCACCAAUUCCCCACAAUAAAAUCAUUCAGGAACUUGUUUAUAACACUGUAGAAAACAUGCAGCCCUUCUGUAAAACUCACCACCUUUGCGCUAGCGUCCAGAUCAAAGUGUCAGAUUCUGAAUUGUUUUCAAAACUGCUUCACAUUGUGUUUGACUCAGGCUGGGGUGUGAGCUAGGAGGCUUCAAAAGCUUCAGAAAAACAAUACCAUCUUUACAAACACAGUUUAAUGCUCAGAGCGGUGGCAGCUGUGAUUGAAAGCUCUCUGAUGAAAGGAAGAGAGAAAAAGCAUUUAGCUGCUUGUAAAGGUUUAGAGUACUUAACACAAACAGGAAGUGUGCACAGAUUAAGGAGCCCAAUCCAGAAGCUCUGAAAAAUAAAUGUGAUUUACUUACACCAAA